GGCGGGGAGAGAGCGGCCGGGCAGCCCCUGGAGCCCCUCCGAGGACAAUGCACCCGGCGCUGGGCCACCCUCGCGCGCUCUCGUCCGCACCCGCCUCCUUUCCGCCGCCCCCCGCCGCCGCCCGGCUACAGCCCCUCUUCCUCCGGGGGGGCUCCUCCCGCGGCCGGAGAGGCUCGNGCGACAGCAGCACCAGCACCAGCACCAGCCGCGGGGGGGGCGGCGGCAGACGCGGCGGAGGCGGCGGCUCCCCGAGCAGCAGCACAGGCGCGGAGCGAGAGGACGACGACGAGAGCAUUAGCAUCAGCAAGCCACUGGUGCCCGCCGCCGCCGCGCUCCCCGGGCCCCCGGCUCAGGGGGGCGUCCCAGUCUCCGCCACCGCGCCCGCCGCCGCCUCCUCCACUUCCACGCCCACCUCCUCCUGCAGCAUGACCGCCGCGGACUUCGGCGCGGGCGCCGCGGCCGGCACCGUCGGGGGCCCCGGGAGCCGCUCGGCGGCGGGCGCAGGCGGCACGGGGACCGGCGGCGGCGCCUCCUGCUGCUCGUGCUGCUGUUGCUGCUGCGGCCGCCCCACUCGCUCCGGCCGUAGGGGUCGGCGCCGGGGCUGCUCGCCAAGCCCCGGGUGCCGCUGGGGCUACCAGGCGCUGUCUGUGGUGCUGCUGCUGGCGCAGGGCGGUCUGCUGGACCUGUACCUCAUUGCUGUCACUGACCUGUACUGGUGCUCUUGGAUCGCCACCGACCUGGUGGUGGUAGUGGGCUGGGCCAUCUUCUUCGCCAAGAACAGCCGGGGCCGUCGGGGCGGCCCAGCGAACAGCACGCACAACCAUCACCAGCUCCACCACCACUCGGCUCCGCCUCUGCACCUAUCCGCUGCGGCGUCGGCGGGGGCCGGGGCCAAGGCUCGCGGGGGCCGAGGAGGUUCUGGAGGCUCCGGAGCCGGGCCGGGGACGGCUGGGGCAGCGGGCGAGUUCGCCUUUGCGUACCUGGCUUGGCUCAUCUACUCCAUCGCUUUCACCCCUAAGGUGGUGCUCAUCCUGGGCACAUCCAUCCUGGACCUCAUCGAGCUGCGCGCGCCCUUUGGCACCACGGGCUUUCGCCUUACCAUGGCGCUGUCCGUGCCGCUGCUCUACAGCCUAGUGCGUGCCAUUAGCGAGGCGGGCGCGCCCCCGGGCUCGGCGGGUCCCCUGCUCCUGCAGCCACAGCAGCAUCGCGCCGCGGGCUGCUUCCUGGGCACGUGUCUGGACCUGCUGGACAGCUUUACACUGGUGGAGCUGAUGCUGGACGGCCGCGUGCCGCUUCCGGCGCACCUGCGCUACCUGCUCAUCGCCGUCUACUUCCUCACUCUUGCCUCCCCAGUGCUCUGGCUGUACGAGCUGAACACUGCCGCAGCAGCUCCGUCCUGGGGCCAGGCCUCCGGGCCCGGAAGCUGCAGCCGCCUUUUACGUUUGCUGGGCGGCUGCCUGGUGGACGUGCCCUUGCUGGCGCUGCGCAGCCUCCUGGUCGUGAGCUACCAACAGCCGCUGUCCAUCUUUAUGCUCAAGAACCUCUUUUUCCUUGGCUGCCGUGGCCUGGAGGCCUUGGAGGGCUGUUGGGACCGGGGGAGUUGGGUAUCCCCAAGUCGGGCCAGAAGCAGCUAUGGUGCUCCUCCCUCUGCCCCUCCCCCACCUCCCCCACCACCACCUCAGGGAGGCUCCCAGCGGGGCCACUUGGAAAAUGAAGGGGGCCCUCAUGGCUAUGUCAACACUCUAGCUGUUGCCUCUCAGAAUUGAAGCAGUGAAGGGCAGGGGCCCUGAUCUUGGCUUUAGGGUUUCCGCCCCCCUUGGCUGUGUUUGGAGGUAACUGUCGAUAAGACAGAAGGCCAGUGGAUUCUUCUGCACCCCAUGGGUAGAGACUGCUUGGAGGGAGACCAGCAAUAUACCGUGAGGAAGAAGGGCCCAUGUUCACCACAGUCUUCUUCCCUGUCCGGACAUACAAGGGAUUGGAUACAUGUGCCACCCGCUUUUCUCGCCUUCAUCCUGAUUCCUAUUCGGAAAGGGGUUCAGGCAGGGAUAGUGAGCAUUGGGGUGUGUGUGUGUGUGUGUGUGUGUGUGUGUGUGUGUGUAGUGUAUUUUCUGGGUGUCAGUUUCAUGCCCCUUGCAGUGGGAAGGAGAUCUAGAGAGGCCUUGCUUCACAGCACACAUACCACCAUGCUUUCCUGCCUGGCUGAUGACCACCGUCCCCUCGAUGGAGUUGCUUAUUUGCUGUACUCCAAGGGGGGAGCUCACCCAGGGUCUUCCUCCCUCCUGCCCNUCUCUGCUCAGCUUGGGGAGGAGCAGGUCUCUAUGGAAGGACCAAACACCCACCCUUUCUUGGGUGAGCACNCAUCUCUACCUCUGUGCUUCCAUUUCCAGUGCAUCACACACUGAUGCUGCUUGAAAAAAGAAAAAAAUCAAACACUCAGAAGUUGCAUUCAACAGGGCCACUGGAUCCCCUUGGGGUUUGGUGCCAGAUAUUACAGGGUCUGUGGAGUACCAGCCAUUGGCUUGCUCUCCCUUCGCUCCUCCCNCUGCACCAGAAUAGUUAUCCUGCCUGUGUUGGUGCCAGCCGGGUUGGAAUUGGGUUCACAGCAACUGCUUUAGCGCAUUCAAAUGUGUGUGAGGUCAGGCCCUUAGGGACCCGGGCAGUAGCACCUGUGCCUUUAGAAAGCUUGGCAUAGAGCUGAGAGGGUGUGACCUUUCACCUCUCCUCUGCUUCAGAUCUCUUCAGGGAGAAGGCACANUGUGGAACCCUCCUGCCUAGCCUUCCCCAGCAGGGUUNCCCUGGAGAGGCUGUCCUUAGGAUUGUCCUUCAAGGGAAGUCAGGGUUGGCUCCUGCAGGCUUCACGAGGGAUGUCAUCCUUGGAGUCUUUAAGGCAGGAUAUGGAUUCUGAGGGCAAUCAAGGUUCAGAAGGCACAGGAGCCAGGCCGGGGUAUACUCACCCCAACAAUGGGGUUGGGGGCGGGAGGGUUCCUCUCCUUCUUUUUUGGGAGUUUUAUGUAGCGUAAUGAACCUAGACAAGAGACCAGAAAAAAAUGAUCUGUAGUUCUGUCUGUUACCUGCUAGGUUUGAAUACCAUACCAUUUUACUGUUUAGGCCUCUNGGGUAGUAUUCUUUGAGUUGGGGCUUGAAGGGUCUGGUCAUAAUGCUGCCGUAAAGGUAGUCAGAGAGGAGCUGUNCAGGUGGACUUGAGGAGGGCUCGGCUUCCGUACCAUGUCUGGCCUUAGGCUGGGAGACCUGAGGGAGGUUUGCCAGCUAGGGUAGGGGACAGGCAUCACAGGGUCCUCUAAAGCCAAGCACAGGGGAAGGCCCAAAGUGCCAAGUCGCUGACUAAUAACUCAGCAGCCAGGCCCAUAUCCCUCAUUCCCUUCACCUUUGUUAAGACCUUCUGAGAACCAAGGGCUGUAUGGGGCCCCUCUUAUUCAGCUGCCCAGGGCUAUGGGCUGAGGGUAUCUAUGUGGACAGAAGUGUGGACGGCUGAGCUGGAACACUCGUGGGCCUGCCCAGNUAGCGUGGGCCGUGUGGAGGGUGUUUACAGUCUGCNUUACAGUCUGCGCUCUACGCUCCUGCUCUCUCAACUUCGGCCAACUAGCUGCUUUUCACAGUAAGCCUGCCUUUUCUCCUCAGCCUGGCUGACUGUCUUUCUGACUGGACUCANGGUCCUGAGCCUAAGACCUGGGCGGGGGCUGCAGCUGCUCCCAGUGCUCUGACUGUGUCCCCCAGCUUCGCUGUGUUUCUUGCUACCUAAUUUCAAUGACUGUGAAAAGAAAUGAUCUCUGAGCCAUGGCCGGCUCUGGCUGGCCCCCAACCCACCCUCUUUCUACUGUUUGGAUAGCUGUCCCUCUGCUGUGGAAAUGCUGUCUGCUGCUGAGAGACUGCCACUGGAUUUAGGACAGGAAGGCUACCAUUUCCUUGGUACNUCAAGAGACAUGGUCACAUGGCCACGUGUGAGCGAGGCCAGGGUUGCUGAGGGCCUAGUGAGGGCCCAGCACAGGUCCUGUACAUCAUCUACAAGUCUUCUGUGAGUAUCUGACUCAGGGCUGGUCCCUUCCUCUGGGCUAUUUAUUCUGGCUCUUUUCAGUCAUUCCCCUGUUCCAUUCACACAUGACCUACUAGGAAGUCCUCUUUGUUUCCUCUCUUGCUUUCUAGGGUAUCUGUAGACAGGGAUCAGACUUGAGAUGUCCCCAAAGUGUCAUGACCAGAAUAGUAGACUGUCCUGAGUCCCGGAGAAUGGNCUAUGGAAGGAAGGCUGGGCUCAGAAUUUAGCCUCGUGGGCUCCUAGCCUCUGAGCAUGGAAGCAGAGGGCCUGAUCCCUGAGCUUCAAAUGGUACCUGAGUUUUAAAAACAAGUUAAUUACUUUGUAAUACUGACGUUUAAACCCAGGGCCUCAGGCACGCUCGGCGAAUGCUUGUCAGCCUGCCGAGCAACAUCCCCAACACCAAGUCUUACUCAGUCUGUGCUCUCUAAAGACUUGCAUCCCAUCUUUUAAACAUUUCUUUGAGUGGGUGUCUCACUGUGUUCCCAGGGCUGGCUUAGAAUUUGGGGGUUUAGGAGACCCUCUUUAGCCUCCCAAGGAAACAGGAGUGCCCUGUUUCAUCCAACCAAGACUGUUCCUGUUAACCAUGCUCUGGGAAGCUGGCCGGUGUGGGGGCCCAGAGCUGGGACAGCAAGCCCGGAAGAGGCAGAGAAGUGGCACCUCGCUAGCAUUCAUCACAUUUCCCACCCC